GAGGGGGUGCGAGGCGGGGGCGCACCAGGUGUGACAGCCACGUGCGGCCGGCGCCGGGGAGCCCCGGGCGCCAGGUGUUCCUUCUCCCAGCCCCCGCCCUCGGCGUGUUCUCGGUGCUCCCUGUGUUCCCCGCGCUGGGCGCCGCCGUCGGGGGGCUGCCUGGGUCAGUGGCCGGUCCUGCUCUUACCGGGCAGGUGCGCAGGGCGCGCUGCGGGGUGCGCCGGGGCGGCGCGGGCGAGGCUGUUGCGCAGUAAGAUAACCGCGCGGGAGCCGGGGUUGCACUGCGCCCCCCUUCCCCCGCCCCCUCUGCGCUCCCCGCCACUGCGCGGGCGGGCGAGCGCCGCGGGGCUGGGAGGACCGUUCGGCUCCCGGCCCUGGGGCUCAUCUCUGGGCGCCACCGGCCUGGUUACACGUGGGGCCGGCGAUGGGAAGACGAUGCUGGAGGACCUGGGUCCCGCAGAGUUGGGGGCAGCAUCGCGUGAUAGCCGGUCUUCCCAUUUUAGCCUCCCUCCUCCUUCUUGCUCUUUAUUUCCCCUCCUUUUUUUUCUUUCCUUUUUUUUUUUUUUUCUUUUUUUUUGGUGGUGGGGGGGGGUGAACGGAAACUUGACCGCCUCCCCCACCCUGGCCUUUGGUCUCUGUUAAUCUGGGAGGCAGGCUGGACCGUUCCCCUUGCCUUACUUGACUCACGUCAAGGAGUUUUCAGUGUCUCCCUGGAUACAGGAAAAUCGAGACCUCCAGAAUGGGAGAAUUCCACUUGUUCUGGAGUCAGUGGGUGGAGUUCGAAAAAGAUUGCACAACAAAUGGGGUACAGGGCUUUCAGGACCCAGGAGUGGAAAUCCGCAGGUUUGUGAUUGGCACAAUGGAAGAAGCUGGAAUGUGUGGGUUAGGGGUGAAAGCAGACAUGUUGCGCAACUCUCAGUCAAAUGAUAUUCUUCAACAUCAAGACUCAAAUUGUGGUGGUACGAGUAACAAGCAUUCAUUGGAAGAGGAUGAAGGCAGUGAUUUUAUUACAAGGAACAGGAGUUUGAUGAGCCCAGCAUACUGUACACAAGAAUCGAGGGAGGAAAUUCCUGGGCGAGAGGCUCGAACAGAUCCCCCUGACGGUCAGCAAGAUUCAGAAUGCAACAGAAACAAAGAGAAAACAUUAGGAAAAGAAGUUUUAUUAUUGAUGCAAGCCCUAAACACCCUUUCAACUCCAGAAGAGAAACUGGCAGCUCUCUGUAAGAAAUAUGCUGAUCUUCUGGAGGAAAGCAGGAAUGUUCAGAAGCAAAUGAAGAUUUUGCAGAAGAAACAAGCCCAGAUCGUGAAAGAGAAAGUUCAUUUGCAGAGUGAGCACAGCAAGGCUAUCUUGGCAAGAAGCAAACUAGAGUCUCUUUGCCGGGAACUUCAGCGUCACAAUAAGACAUUAAAGGAAGAAAACAUGCAGCAGGCACGAGAGGAGGAAGAAAGACGUAAGGAAGCCACCGCACACUUCCAAAUUACUUUAAAUGAAAUCCAAGCACAGCUCGAACAACAUGACAUACACAACGCCAAGCUCCGCCAGGAAAACAUCGAACUGGGAGAGAAGCUUAAGAAGCUCAUUGAACAGUACGCACUGAGAGAGGAGCUUUCUCUUUAUAUGGAUAAGUUUGAAGAAUUCCAGACUACCAUGGCAAAAAGCAAUGAACUGUUUACAACCUUCCGGCAGGAGAUGGAAAAGAUGACAAAGAAAAUUAAAAAACUGGAAAAAGAAACAAUAAUAUGGCGUACCAAAUGGGAAAACAACAACAAAGCGCUUCUGCAAAUGGCUGAAGAGAAAACUGUCCGUGAUAAAGAGUACAAGGCCUUUCAGAUAAAACUGGACCGGUUAGAGAAGCUGUGCAGGGCUCUUCAAACGGAACGGAACGAGCUCAACGAAAAGGUGGAAGUCUUGAAGGAGCAGGUCUCCGGGAGGGCUGCAGGUGCGGACCUAGCACUGCCUGGGACGCAGCCCUGCGCUGCCCCGGUGUCCCCCAAGGAGCCGAACACUGCUUCUGAAAGCGCCCCGGGAGUCUCCCCGGAGGCCGUGCCCAAGGCAGCGAAGGAGAGAACGGCCGUGUCCGCCGGGCCAGGUAUCGAGUCUGUCGACUGAAAUGAAGUAUGAUCACUGUAUCGAGAGCUAUAUUUUGUGUAUAACUUUCUGUUAGUAGUAACUAUUGGUUUUGUGGUGAAAAUUUUCUUACUUUUUCUACCAUAUCUGUAUUUUCUUAGAACUACUGGACUUACGUGGUACAGGAGGCUGCUUAGCAGUUUUGAAUAGUUUUCCUUCGAUACGUUUUCCUCAGCCGUGUUGCACAUCUGCCUCAUUUCCCUCCAUUGGAACGCAUGUGACCAUUGCUUUGUCCUAUCUUCCCUAUUUCUUGCACAGAAUUAUUCUCAUUUCACUCGAGAUGGGACCGAUCAUUACAGGGGAACUUUGUUCUGAUAAUGGUUCCUUGGUGUGAAAACCAUAUUCAUUUAAACAUCCCGGCCCCCCGAUUAAUAUUACUCAAAAAGAAAUCAAGAUGAUUAGCUUUGUCUUAACGGUCCAUUUAAAUACCAAGUAAAAAUAAGGUAGGGUUGGGUCAGAAACCAGCAUAGCAUCUUUGAUUCAGAUUAGCUUUUUGAUAAUAUUUAUAUCACUUGACAAAUUGACAUGGCUGCAAGCCUCAAAUUAUUCAAAGUUUCGGCAGAUUAUGUACAUAAAGGUGUCACUUUUAAAAUAGUAUAUACAGGCAAAUCAUCAGACAAACAGGCUUAAUCUUGUGACUAAAAACAAUCCUACUGCUUCGGUUUCAGGUUAGAACUAGAACCAGUGUUUGAACUUGGACCACCUAGACACUUGGACCGCCGUGGAAUAUGGUCGUUUGUUGGCUUUGUUUGGGAUUUGGGUGCACAUCCUCCACUUCCCGCAGAAAGCAGCCACUGGUGGUUGUCAUUUUAAGCCGGGGAGGGUUCAAUUCGCGUGUAGCUUUCAUCAAGCGGAAGUCCCUCCUCUGCUGCCUUCUGGCUACUUGAAAUUUGGUGUUCAUCUAGUUGCGUGAAUCCCAACAGCAGUUCUCCAGGUUUUUAAAAAGGGAAUUUUAAUUGUGGAUCAUGCUAACCGAAACAUUUUAUUUCCAAAACAGAAAAGACUGGAACUCACAUUUUUAACUGUGGGAAGACUUGGCAGAGAGUUUUAAGUAGUCAGGAUCCAUUACUUAGGCUCUUGGUGUGUGGCUCUACCACCCCCUUUUCUUACUGUCUUUUAAGAGAAAGCCAGUAUUAAUUAAUCUAGGUCUCUGCAAUUGGCUUGGACUGGGGGAACUUGCCCUCUGAAGCAUGUCACUUCUGAAUUUGUUCAGCUUUCCUUUGUUGUUAAUCAUGUUGAGUGUGGCUGAGUUAUGCAAAUGAGAGGUCAGGUUGCACCAUGAAAGCUUGGACUUUGAUUUGCAUUGAAAAUACUUUAUGAAAUAAAAAGGCUCUACUAGAAUGGAUGCUCUAGCACAUUCCACUGAGCACAACUAUCAAACUGAAAUUGCUCACUGGACUGAAUGAAGUUUGUUCUGUCUAGUUAAAAAGGUUUUCUCUUUAAAAUUGUAAAGUCCUGUCACAGUCCUAGUCGAAACUGGGUUCAGAGAAUCGAAAGUUGUCUAAAGGAAACUUCCACCCUUGGUCAUAUGAAAUCGAGGGGUCAGACAGUGGAGGAAAAGAAAAGCACAGAGCACAUUCUGUCAUUACUGUCAAAAGGAGUCAGAAGCAAAAACAAAUACCCCUCCUCCAACGGCCUCUUCUUAUAAAUACUCCUUUCUGCUACUAGAUGAAAUGUUGGACUCGUUUCCCCUAGAGGAGAUGAAGGUAUAUAUCAAAUAUAAUCUACUUUGAAAUUAGUACUAAUGAUAUUUCACAAGAACUCUGCUGGAUGUACAGCUCUUACUGUUGAAGCCAUUUGUGUAGCUCACCACGUUUCUUUGUGGUGCUUGUCCUGUGUGGAAGAUGUGAAUCUUGGACCUGUUGCAUAUUUUCAAGGGCUUUAUAAAGCAAUGUGAUUAACAGUACUUGGCCUGCUGCUUUUGGCUUACUAUGUAUUUGUAGCUAGAUGCGAUCACGGUAUUUCAGGGAGGUAGAUUCCGCUUGGGAUGCACUAGGUGUCCUUUCAGAAUCUUGCCUCCCCUUACCCUGUGAAUCAAAACAAAUGGGACCCUCUGAGGAGAUCUCCUCCCCACCCCCAAGCUGUCACCUCACCAGCUCAGUGUUGUGGCUUUGUAGCACGCCCUGUGUCCACCAUAUUCUAGAACACUGUAAUGCUCUUAGGCUGGUCCAGAAAAGGUUUAAGUGUCGAAUUCACUUCAGUUGCAUUUGUUGCACCAUCCUGGGAUCUUGCUGUGUAUUAUUUCUAGUGGCGGUAGACUCCAAGGAGUAGAGAAUACUUGGAUCAUGGACCAUUUCACCCUCAGACUUGUUAGGAGUACAUUUCUUGGUCUUGAGACCAGUGUUUUUUUAGUUAUGUAUGCAACUGCCUUUAUUACACCUGGUUAUCACAAUUCAAUUCUCAGGUGUUGCAGAAAAAUCUACCUCUUUCAGACUGUAGAUGGAAAUAACUGUGAAAAAAAAAAGAUGCAGAGAUCUUCUAGUUUGUGCUAAACACACUGCUUUAUUUUUUACAGCCCACGUCUUUCAUGAGGAUACGAAUUGUUCAGAGGCAGUCUUGUUUUGCUUUUCAAAGACAUUUUGUAGAGAUUUUUCACUAAUGUGAAUCUGAUUUUAUCUACUCGAUUCUGUAUAGAUGAAGUAAAUAUGUAUGAUAAAUUUAA